AUGGACGAAAAGAUAGAAACUUCAUCUGGGCCUUCGUCGCAACCGCCAUCGAUUCCUGGGCUUUCCGGCGACAAGCGCGGUAACGAAGAUGGUUCAGACGAGAAAGAUGAAUCAGCCGUUGUUUUGGCUAAAGAUGAUGAUAGAUUAGUUACUAACGCUUUGCCCGAGACUCGUACCGUGAAAGAUGUUACUAACUGCGAGACACGAGGAGGAGUACACGUUGAUGAGGUUACUGAAUCCGUUGUUGUUAUCCCGCGUGACGCUUCCCUUUCACAUCCUUAUCAGAUGUGUAGCGCACUGGAAAGGCAAGAGUCUAUGCGGCAGUGGAUGGAAAUGAAGCGGAACGGUUAUCUCUCAGGGCCUUUGGGCGGACCUGUGGCGUCGAGGCCGCGAAAGCGUAAGAAGAGGAGAGGAGAUGAUUCUUCAAACAAGACAAACCAAGUCCCUAAUAAGAAGAAGGACCAGCAUGUUGUUGCUACCGCGCCGCCAAGUGGAUUGCUGGCGGGGUUGAAACCGGCGAUCAUUAAACAUGUCAGGAGUAAAGAAGAGGUCUACUCAGCUCUUGAAGCUUUGAUUCGAGAUUCAGAUAGAGAAGAUAGGGCGUUAGCCUCUAAGGUAUCAGAUCAUGCAAUUUCCUUGACAAACACGGAACAAGCCAAGUUGCUUGCUGUUGAAGCUGCUAGUGUAGCUUCACAGUGGUUGGAGUUUCUUCACCAAGACCUCAGUGAACGCCUUUCAGCUGUGAAGGAUAGUAGGAAGAGAGUUGAUGAUACUUUGAAGGCGGAGUUGCCACUUCUCGUCUCAUCAUCAAAAGAAUCUUCUUCUAACCAAGAAAGUACCUCUGGUGAUGAAACAGUAACAAAGGCGCAUAAGAUGAAGUGGUCUGCGAAAUUUGAUGAGUUUAAGAAACGUCUCAAUGAUGAAGAGACAGAUCUUGUGCGUAUAUACAUUAUCUACUGCGUUUUCAAGUCCGAAUGGUUCUUAAGCUCAAGGCGGUGUUUUAAUGUAUUUGAAAUUCGCAGGAAAGCACGUUAAACCACGUGAAGGAUAUGCAGUCACGAUGCAGCGAAGGUCUACGCCAGAUGAAUGAGGCAAGGUGAGGAAAAUUAAGACCAAACAGAAGCGUUUAAAAAGACAUGGUUUAGUCACCUUUUCUUGUUCUACAAAUACCAUUUGCAGUUGUGGGAAAGAUGGCGAGACUAAUUUGGCGGUUCAGGCGGCUGCAGCUUCCAUUUUCUCGACCUGCCGUUAUCUUCUGUCAAAUAUGAAGCCACCACCUAACAGUUCGUAACCCCUUUUGAUUUUUUGUUAACCGGGGAUCGACUAAUAGUGUAAAUAACAGGCGAUUGAUAGUUUUGUCAUUGGUUAACUAACAUUAGAAGAGAUCCUUUGUCACUGGCAUUUGCUUUAGUACACACUAGACUU